UAACCUCUUUUGUUCGUUUUUUUAUGUAUGUUCUUGCUUCUUAGCCGGCGAAUGCAUAGCAAGAGGAUCAUCAUCAUCCCCUCAUCCUCCACUUUUUGCACUGCAAAUCCAGAUGAAGAACCCUAAAUUACUACCAUUCAUACACACCUCCCUUUUCUCUUCUUCACCCUUGGUCUAUAAUUACAACCACCAUCGAUCCUUGAGGUUUCUUUCUCAUUCACUCGUCCUACAAAACCCCAAUCCCCCUUUACCUUUUUCAGUAUUUGGGUUUCAUCGUUCUCUAUAUCUUGAGCCUAAUAUACCCCCAAGCUCUAAUCUUUCCUCUGCAAAUCGUCCCGUUGAUGAUGGUGCUGUUUUACAGAAUUGUUUUUGGGGUGAGAAAGCUCUGUCUAUUGCUCAAGAUGUGUUGCUACAGUUUGGUGAUGAUAUAAAAAUCUUUGCUUUUAAUAUUUACCCGAAAGGACGUGGAUGUAUUUAUGUCAGACUGGACAGACUCUGUAAUCAGUUCCUGAGCAUGGAGGAUAUUCAAAGUUAUAGUCAUGAAUACAAGAAAAAACUAGACGAAGCAGGAGCAGUUGGUGACAUCCCUAGUGAUUUGGCUAUUGAGGUGUCGUCUCCUGAUGCAGAUCGACUACUAAGAAUACCGGAUGAUUUACAACGUUUUAAGAACAUGGCAAUGCGGGUGAAGUAUGCUGAUUCUAAAUCCAUGAAAAAAGAAGGAAUAUUCUUUUUGGAAUCUAUUGAAAUGGAUUCUGGAAGUUGUGUAUGGAGGUUGGCUGAUGUAAAAGAAAAUCGACACCCUUCAGCUAAAGGAAGACCAUUGACCCGCAAACAAAAGGACUGGAGACUCAAACUGCCAUAUGAAAUGCUCGAGCAGGUGACUCUGUAUAUACCUUUGAGGGGUGUUUAGAUGUUGAACCUUUUGAAAGUUAUUAAACUGGGCCUUGUACACGCCCAUCCAUUCAUGCCCGCCUUCAAGUUUUGGUUAUGUAGUGACUUUUGCUAGUUUCUUGAGCAGCAAAAGCAUGCCGCCUACCUGUAGUCAUGGUAUGGUUAUUAUGUAUUGCGCUGAUUGUGUGGCAUUUUCUAUUCAACAUCGUUGAUCAUACCAUAAACAAAUAUAGGGUGGAAGCUAAAUUACUUGUGAGGUGAUGAGGUCAUACAACAACAUGAUACAUGAAUGAUUCCAUGGUGACUUAAAAUGAAUGUAUCAGUUGAUUUCAGAAAGUGAGAUGAGGGCUGAGAUGAUUUAUUUAUCUAUGUGUGUAUUGUGAAGACAUCUCAGGCAGGCAGGCUAAACAAGUCAAACCAUAAUGUACCUUAGAUUACCAUGAGUUUGCACACAAUUAAUAUCGAAU